CCGCAGACGCUGAUGACGUCAGCGGGUAGCAGUUUCCUGUGAGAGGCUAAAGUGAGAGAGGUGACAAGAUGCUCUCUGCUCCCGCAGCCCGAGCUUUUCUCUUCUUGUCUUGGAUUUCCUCGAUUUCUGCGCUUUAUUUUCACAUUGGGGAGACGGAGAAGAAAUGUUUCAUAGAAGAGAUCCCGGACGAGACGAUGGUCAUCGGUAAAUACCGCACCCAGCUAUGGGACAAACAAAGCGGCUCCUUCCUGCCGGCCACCCCUGGCCUCGGGAUGCACGUUGAGAUCAAGGAUCCGGAUACCAAGAUCAUCCUGUCGCGGCAGUACGGCUCAGACGGACGGUUCACGUUCACCUCGCAUACUCCGGGAGAACAUCAGAUCUGCCUGCACUCCAACUCCACAAAGAUGGCUCUGUUCGCAGGGGGAAAGCUGAGAGUUCAUCUGGACAUUCAGGUUGGAGAACAUACCAACAACUAUCCGGAGAUCGCCGCGAAGGACAAACUCACCGAGCUUCAGCUCCGAGUGCGACAGCUUCUGGACCAGGUGGAGCAAAUCCAGAAGGAGCAAAACUACCAGAGGUAUCGAGAGGAGCGCUUCCGCAUGACCAGCGAGAGCACCAACCAGCGCGUUCUGUGGUGGUCCAUCGCUCAGACGCUCAUCCUCAUCAUCACCGGCAUUUGGCAGAUGAAGCACCUGAAAAGCUUCUUUGAGGCCAAGAAACUUGUGUGAUUUCUUUUUUGUUUAUUCUUUGAGAUGUUCUGAAGAAUACGGCCGGUUCAGACGAGACAAACUUGCCUCAGCAGAUUAGGAACCUCGGCCAUUAAACUUCCAGGAGGAGACUUGUGGUCUUCAAAUGAGCCAUCACUGAACCAGACGGAUCCACUCACCUUCAAACUCAUCCGUUUCCCCGACGUUAUUUUAGGUUUUCUAUUGCAGCACUACAUUCCAGCCACCGCUCUUCUUCAGUGGUUCUGUUCGACCAGAAUGUCAGACCUCAGGAUUGUCUUAGACUGUUUCUGACUUCAAUCUAACAUUUCCGACUUGAUCUGCUUCCUGAAUAUUCCUUUUUUUGUGUUCUGGGACGCCACACCCCCUGGGCAUGGGUUAACCACACCUGUCAGAGCAGAACCAUUUCUUGUAAAAAUGACAUCUUAAAAAUAAUCUGCUUAAGUUUGUGUCCAUCACCAGAUAAAAUUAUGGUCAGUAUUCCUAGAUUCCACUAUUUUUUUUCUGUGAUUUUAUUUAUUAUGUUUUGUGCAUAAUUUUCAUGUAAAGGUUAGAGUUUCUUUACUCAAAGUUUGACUUGUACCUAAAUAAAUCUGUAAAAUUCCCAUGAAA